GCGCUACUUGGUUCGCUGAAUUUCAAGCUCGAUUAACUUGUUCAACAUUGGAGUGGAGGAGGCUGCUCUCCUCGUAAACAGGCUGAUUCGAUUCAACAGGCUGCCCUCCUUGGAUCACGAACGCACCGGUACUCUUAACGCUAUAGAUCCAAUAGUUGGUUUCUGAUCCCCGCUCUCUCACUCCCUCUCAAACGCACACACGGUGCGAGCGGAAUCGGAGGUCGGAAUCCGUCGGGUUCUACGAUGAGCGCCAUGGAGUCCCUGAUCCUGGAGCUCCACGAGAUCGAGGCUGUGAGAUUUGGCAGUUUCAAGCUGAAGAGCAACAUCACUUCCCCUGUCUACAUCGACCUCCGUCUUAUGGUCUCCUUCCCUCGUCUACUCUCCCGCACCGCCUCCUUUCUCUGGGACUCCCUCCCGCCAGCCUCCUCCUCCUUCGACCUCGUCUGCGGCGUUCCGUACACUGCCCUCCCCAUUGCCACCUGCAUCUCCCUCUCACGCUCCAUCCCUAUGGUCAUGCGCCGGAAGGAGGUGAAGGAGCACGGCACCAGCAAGUCCAUCGAAGGCGCCUUCUCCCCAGGCCUCUCCUGCCUCGUCGUCGAGGACCUCGUCACCAGCGGCUCCUCUGUUCUCGAAACCGCUGCCCCGCUGCGCUCUGCCGGACUCCUGGUCUCCGACGCCGUCGUUCUCAUUGACCGCCAACAGGGAGGGCGGGAGAACCUUGCCGCGGCGGGCAUUCGUCUCCAUUCGGUCCUCACCCUCACCAUGAUCCUUGACACGCUUCUCCGGCAUGGAAAGGUGACCAACGAUAUUGCUGCGUCCGUCAGAGCCUUCCUCGAAGAGAACCGGACGGUGGCAGUGCCUGCACGGGCUUCGCUGCCGGUGCCUUCCACGGCUAAGGCCAGGACUCCAUACGGAGAGAGGGCGGCAUUGGCGAAGAAUCCCAUGGGGAAAAAACUACUGGAGUUGAUGGAGCUGAAGCAGACCAAUCUGUGCCUCGCGGCCGAUGUUCCCACCGCCGCUGGGUUGCUCAGCCUCGCCGAUAAGAUUGGGCCAGAGAUUUGCUUGCUGAAGACGCAUGUGGAUACCUUGUCCGACUUCACUCCGGAAUUCGGAUUGCAGCUGCGAGCGAUUGCAGAGAAGCAUAAUUUUCUUGUAUUUGAAGAUCGCAAGUUUGCUGACAUAGGAAAUACAGUUACCAUGCAAUAUGAAGGAGGCAUUUACCACAUAUUGGAUUGGGCAGAUAUUGUUAACGCACACAUAGUCUCUGGUCCUGGUAUUGUUGAUGGUUUAAAAUUGAAGGGCGUGCCUCGUGGAAAAGGGUUGUUAUUACUUGCGGAAAUGAGUUCUUCUGGUAACCUCGCCAAAGGGGAUUACACUUCUUCUGCUGUCAAAAUUUCUGCAGAGCAUCAAGACUUUGUUAUGGGGUUCAUAUCGGUCAAUCCAGCAGCAUGGAAAGAUAGGCCAUUGGAUCCUGGACAAAUUUAUGCGACUCCUGGUGUUCAAAUGGUCAGUGGAGGUGAUGAUCUAGGACAGCGAUACAACACACCUUAUUCGGCAAUUCACGAUCGAGGAAAUGAUAUAAUCAUUGUUGGUCGUGGAAUCAUCAAAGCAGAGGAUCCUGUUGAAGCUGCCAGAAAAUAUCGAUUCGAAGGUUGGGAAGCAUAUAAGUCAAGCUGUAGAUAAUUUUUUUGUCAACUCUUACGCUUCUUUUCUUGACGCUCUUAGUGCAUAAUGUGGAUUUUUUUCCACUGUGUCAUUAUGCUUCUUUGCUAUAUUAGAUUCGCAGCAAAUUGUUGUUGCAUCCUUUUUCUUGCUUCAACCUAAUGGUGGCUGCUCAGGAGUGGGGUGUACAAAGGGCAGAAUGAUCCUUCCGGGUGUAGGUUUUAGUUGCUUAUUAAGUGCCGGGAGAAAGGUAAUAAAAAUUAAUAAUUGAGUUAUGAGGAACUCCAAAGUGCUCGCAGCUGCUUAA